AUGAAUGCCCUGUCGAUUGUGCCAACAGAGAUGCCUACAGUGUAUCCCAGCCAAGUGCUCCUUCAAACUACUCCUAAAAGAGCCCGACCAGUUGCUAAACAUCACAGGGCUAAUGUCCCUAAGGCUGGAAUUGGAGGAAGAAGGAAAAUACCACAAGAUCCCCUUGAUGCAAGCAUGUUUCAGACUCCUUCUCUUAUGGAACAAGCUGCCAUGGAACAAGAUGUCAUGGAACAAGCUGAGAAUAUAGAUGUUGAGGUUGAGGUGAAUUUAGAGCAACGUAGUCUACUUUUGGCAAAAACAAAAAGAGUAACAGACCCGUAA